AUUUCCAUUCCUGCAGUGUCAGAGACCAACAUGGCGACCCCGGCUGUAUCUCAUCUGGAAAAAGAGAAGGGAAGUAAUGGACGUGGAGAGGAUCUUCCUCGUACCCACACGUGUGGCGAGUGCGACAAGGAGUUUCGUCAACCGAAUGACUUGAAAAGACACAUGCGUACUCACACUGGCGAGAAACCAUUUAGGUGUGAGGAUUGCGGCAAACAGUUUAGUGAGCUGAGUAAUUUGAAGAGGCAUAUGAGAACCCACACUGGUGAAAGACCGUAUAAGUGUGAUAAGUGUAACAAACGGUGUAGCGACAAGGGCAAUCUAAAGAGACACAUGCGGGUCCAUACUGAUGAGAAACCUCACAAAUGUGAGGAUUGUGGCAGACAGUUCAGUGAGCUGAGUAAUCUGAAGAAGCAUAUACGGACUCACACCGGUGAGAAACCUUAUAGGUGCGAUGAAUGCAGCAAACAGUUCAGUGAGCUGAGUAAUCUAAAGAGACAUAUGCAGGCUCAUACCGGUGAGAGGUCUUACAAAUGUGAGGAGUGCGGCAGACAGUUCAGUCAACUUGGUGAUCUAAAGAGCCACAUGCGGACCCACACCGGUGAGAAGCCCUAUAGGUGUGAAGAAUGCGGCAAACAGUUCAGUGUGCUGUGUAAUCUCAAACAGCAUAUGAAGACUCAUACUGGUGAGAAACCUUACAGAUGUGAGGAGUGCAGCAGACAAUUUAGUCGGUUGGGUCAGCUGCAGAUUCACAUGCGGACUCAUACCGGUGAGAAGCCCUAUAGGUGUAACGAAUGCGGCAAACAGUUUAGUCAUCAUAGUAAUCUGAAGAGACAUAUGAGGAACCACACAGCCUUACAGAUGUGAGGAAUACAGCAGGCAGUUUUGUGCACUGGGUAAUCUAAAUAAGGAUAUGUGGACUCACUCCUGCAAGAAACCUUUACAUUGUGAGCAUUGGAGACUGUGCAGCAGGCAGGGUAUUAAAAAACAAACACACCGGUGAAAAUGAUGCAGUUUAGCUUUCGUCAGUCAAACAUCUCCGGAGCCACAUGCGAACCCACAGCAAUGAAAGUCACAGCUACCGAUUUGACGGUUACUGACAAGUUUGGCAUCCGGAGAUAACGGAAGAGACAAGUAGGAGUAAGAGAAGCCACGAACCAAAGUUUGCUCCUGUAUAUGCUUUAGUCACUGAAGCAAGUUCGAUGCUUCCUUGUAGAAUUUGAUGACUGGACUAACAUUUAAGUAUACUCAGUCUGGUGAACUGAAAUUUGAAGACAUUUACGUAUAUUCGUAAUCUGUUGGCAUUCAGAUUCUCUUAGCUAAUGUGAACACUAGAUAGUUUAAUUUGCUGUUUUGUAGGGCUGUGUUUAGGAAUAGUGGUAGUUUUGACAUGUGGAAGGUUUCCACCAAAUCAACCAUUGAAAUGCAUUGAAAAGUUUAUGUACUUUUGCAUUUUUACAUUGUAGAUUGGAACUCAUUGUAUUCAGGUGGUUGGAAUAAUGUAGAUUUUAGAUAUUUGAGUAGCUACAUGUACAAAGUUUGGACUGUAACUGAGUAUGUAACAUGUACGUUUGUCUGUCAUUAAUUUACAAUUAACCUUCUUUGUAAGAUAUUGUCUAUGGAACAACAAGUUUGUUGGUGUUUUAAUGUUAGAUUACAUUAAACUCCCUUCUCUCUCUCUAUAUAUAUAUUUACACAUGUACAUAAAAGAGGCUGUUGAGACCGAUAAUUAGUAUGUAAAAACGAUACCUUCUGUCUGGUCAACCUUCUAAAAACUGUUGUCACUCUACAGAUUUUGUUAGUUUGUAAAUACGCCGUAACUUCAAAUUGAACUAAGCUCUGUCGAUGUUAGAAUUUCGCUGAAAUAGAAAAUGCGACAUGAUAUUGAUCAACGCAAUAUCUUAUAUAUCUUCAUUAAAAUGCAACAUGCCUGAAAAGUA